GCCCCGCUCCUGAGGGGAGCGCGCCGUGCUCGCGCCGCUGCCCGGGCCCCAUCCCGCCCUGCCGCCGGCCCGCGCUGCUGCCCUUGGGGCCGGCCCGGGCCCGCCCUGCCCGCCGCUCACGCUCCGCUCCCGCUGCGCCACAGGAAGGUUAAGAAUAUGAGCCUCUACAAUUUGGACCGGUUCCGCUUCGAGAGGAGGGGGAAGGGCGCGGAGCAGGUGUCGGUGUCGCCGUCCCCGCCGGCCGCCUGCGCCGAGGCACCUGGCGCUGCCGUGCGCGCCCCCGGAGCCGAGGAGGAGGAAGGUGCGGGUGACAACAAGAGACCGAGCACUCCGGCUUCGGACGUGACAGAGAGAACCGACUGUUCCACCAUCCCAGAAACUCCUGAAGCCCAGAGGACAAGGAAAGUGUCUUACUUCAAGCGGCAGCGCCAGCGAGGGGUGCAGUUCCUGGAUGUGUCUGACAGCGAGGAUGAGGAGCCAAGAAACAUCCGUGCUGCCAAAGGAACCCAGGCCCCGAGGGCAAAGGUGGCCGUAAUCUCUGAACCAUCUGAUGAUGAUGAUCGGCCUGAAGAGGAAAUGGCCCAGCAGGCACUUGUAAAUGGUGGGGAGCAGCAGCCAGCUGUGAAGGAGCAUGUACAGAAGGAUACCAGGGACUCAAAGCUGCAAACAAUGAAGGAACGUUUUCCCCAAAGAAGUGACCAAGAAUUAUUAAAACUUAUAGAAUCAGCAUGCACAAUGGAUGAAGCAGUAGCUGCUGGUUUGAAGCUCAAUGACAAAGCUGCUUCUGGUAAAAGGAAACAAAGAGAUUCUCCCACAAAUUGCAAAACGGAAAAUGAGCGAGUUGCAAAAAAGUCAAAAGUCAGUUAUCUGGAUGACUCAGAACCCAAAAGACAAUGGGAGAGGCAAGAGAUGCUUGUGAAGAAGUUGCAAAGUACAUUCCCUGGAUUGGAUAAGGAGGAGCUGAGAGAGGUACUUGAGGAACAUAACUGGGUGUUUCAUGAUGCACUGGAGGCCCUGAAAAUAUUUGCAGACGACGAGGAGGGUGUGGAAUUUCCUCCCAAAAGGAAAGUCGCUGACUGGACCAAAGCCUCCACUAAAACCCAGAGUGAGGAGAGUAAAGAUAAGAUGAAGCAGAAGGCUUCUGAGAAAGAGCAGAAUGGCUUUCAGAAAAAGGACAAGGGCAAAAGGAGCAUUUGGAGUGCUGAGAGAGAAGCAGAGCACACGGAGGAUGAGUCCGCUUCUGAAGAUGGCGGAAGCUCCCUGGAUGAGGACUACAGCAGCGGCGAUGAAGUGAUGGAGGAUGGCUACAAAGCCAAAAUCCUCAGCUUCCUGCAGGAUGCUUCCCUGAGUGAACUGACUCUGAUUCCCCAGUGUUCUCAGAAAAAGGCUCAGAAGAUAAUAGCGCUCCGGCCCUUUAACAGCUGGGAGGCUCUGUUUACAAAAAUGACGAAGACUGCUGGUUUGUCAGAGGAUAUUGUGUGGAACUGCAAGAUACUGCUGAAGGAGAGGGAUGUGGUUCUAAAGCUCAUGAAUAAAUGUGAAGACAUUUCCAAUAAGCUGACAAAACAGGUAACCAGGAUUACUAGAGAUGGAGGAUGUGGAUGGAACAUAGAGCAGCCCUCCAUUCUGAAUCGCAGUUUGGAGCUGAAGCCAUAUCAGAAGAUUGGUUUGAACUGGUUAGCACUGCUGUAUAAGCACAGAUUGAAUGGCAUCUUGGCUGAUGAAAUGGGCUUAGGAAAAACAAUUCAAGCUAUUGCAUUCCUGGCUUAUCUUUACCAAGAGGGCAAUAAAGGUCCCCAUUUGAUAGUUGUGCCAGCUUCAACGUUAGAUAACUGGAUAAGAGAAGUUCAUCUGUGGUGUCCUGAACUGAAUGUCCUCUUUUACUAUGGAUCCCAAGAAGAUAGGAAACAUCUCAGGUUGGACAUUCACAAUAAAGUCGUUGAUUUCAACGUGAUUGUGACUACAUACAACUCUGCAAUCAGCAGCUCUGAAGAUCGAGGACUGUUCCGCAGGCUGAAGCUUAACUAUGCAAUUUUUGAUGAAGGUCACAUGCUCAAGAACAUGAGCUCCAUCCGCUACCAGCACCUCAUGACAAUUAAUGCCAAGAAUCGCUUGCUGCUCACAGGGACUCCAGUUCAAAAUAAUCUGUUGGAAUUGAUGUCCCUCCUGAAUUUUGUCAUGCCCCAUAUGUUCAGCAGUAGCACAAGUGAAAUUCGAAGAAUGUUCUCUUCAAAAACAAAGAGUGCUGAAGAACAAAGCAUAUAUGAGAAGGAGAGAAUUGCACAUGCAAAGCAGAUAAUAAAGCCAUUCAUCUUGAGAAGAGUAAAAGAUGAGGUCCUUAAACAACUACCUCCCAAAAAAGAUCUCAUUGAACUGUGUGCCAUGUCUGAUAAACAGGAACAACUCUACUUGGCUCUUUUAAACAAGCUCAAGAAAACCAUUAACAGUAAUGAGAAAAACUCUGAUAUGGGAAAUGCAAUGAUGCAACUUAGAAAAAUGGCCAAUCACCCACUUUUGCAUCGUCAGUACUACACAAAUGAAAAGCUCAGGACAAUGUCCACCCUCAUGCUCAAGGAACCCACACAUUGUGAUGCUAACCCUGACCUUAUCUUUGAAGAUAUGGCAGUAAUGACAGAUUUUGAGCUGCACGUGCUUUGUAAGCAAUAUUCUCACAUCAAUGACUUCAUGUUAGACGUGGAUCAGAUCCUGGACUCUGGAAAGUUUAGAGCAUUGGAACGCAUUCUCUCUGACCUUAAAGAGAAGGGUGACAGAGUUGUGUUGUUCAGCCAGUUCACUAUGAUGCUGGACAUCUUGGAAGUUUUUCUAAAACACUGGCAACAUAGAUAUAUUAGGCUGGAUGGAAAAACACAAAUUUCAGAGAGGAUACAUCUGAUAGAUGAGUUCAAUACAGACAUGGGUAUAUUUGUAUUCCUUCUGUCCACCAAAGCUGGGGGCCUGGGCAUUAAUCUGACCUCGGCCAAUGUUGUUAUCCUUCACGACAUUGACUGCAACCCUUACAACGAUAAGCAGGCCGAAGACCGGUGCCACAGAGUGGGGCAGACACGAGAAGUACAAGUCAUAAAGCUCAUCAGUAAGGGUACUAUUGAAGAAACCAUGCUCAAGAUCAGCCAACAGAAAUUGAAGUUAGAACAAGAUAUGACUGCAGCAGAAUCAGGAGAAGAAGGAACCAUUCCUGCAGAUAUAGCUACGCUAUUAAAAGCUUCAUUGGGUCUCUAAAAUGUAAAUAUGUUGUGAAAUUCAAGGAAGAAAUGUGAUGAGAUACCCCAAGGACUCUUACAUUACUGUUGACCAGGAGUUUUAUGAACGUUUAUAACUUUUUGUAGUUUCAUUGUUUUAUUGCUCAUGAUAUUGAAAAUUUUUAACACCAAUAGCAUUCUUUUGAUGCUUAAAAGCAUAAAUGACCCAAAUGUGCCAACCUCAGAUGCUAAAUAAAGGUUUUACAGAUCAGUUUUGAAAAUGGGGACCGAAGUAGUAAUUGUUUUAACAAAUCUGCUACUGCUUAAGAUUUGUCAGUAUUUUUGUAAUUAUUUCUACCUCCAAAUAUAUAUGUAUAUAUAUAAACUGUCUGUUUCACUGGAUUCUGCGUGUAGAUUUUUUUAUACGUGCCUUAUUUGACAAUGCUCGAGUCUGUUUCUGCUUGUUUUGGUUCAUUUGAUGUACCGUACUGAUUUUGUAUCAACUUGUUCCAAUAAAAUGCCAUAGAUUGACAAAA